UCCGCUAUUCUAGUCUGGUUGUGUUUUGACUGUUUAUUGUGGAGCUCUUCUCUUCUCCUGUUCAGCUGUAGUCCGAGUUGAAAGAGGCGGACAGUCAGCGUUUCCCGCUCCGGUAAAAAGAAGAAGCAGGAGAAGGAUGGCGUCCGACUCUCCCCGCAGACCGAGCCGCUGUGCUGGGGGAGUUUUGGUCCGAGCUCAAGCUGCUACGGAGCAGUCGUACAUGGAAAGUGUUGUCACCUUCCUGCAGGAUGUGGUCCCACAGGCAUAUACUGGAGCUCCACCUACUGAUGAGAAAGAGAAAAUCAUUUGGGUUCGAUUUGAGAAAGCAGACGUUAAUGACACAGCUCGUAACCCAGAGUUUUUGGAGAUGCACAGCGGCACCUCAGACCCGCCCCUCUGCCUCAUGAUUGGCUACACUGAUGGCAUGCAGAUCUGGAGCAUAUCUUUGGCAGGAGAAGCCCAGGAACUGUUCUCGGUGCGUCAUGGACCUGUUCGAGCUGCUCGGAUUCUUCCUGCUCCUCACAUCAGUCCUCUGAAAGCAGACGGCUUUGCUGAGAAGAGGCCAUUGCUGGGAGUCUGCAAGAGCACAGGGUCUUCAGGGACCAGCCCACCUUAUUGUUGUGCUGACUUGUAUUCUUUACGGACAGGCGAAAUGGUUAAAUCCAUUCAGUUCAAGACACCAAUCUAUGAGCUCCACUGCAACAAACAUAUUCUUGUGGUGAGCCUUCAAGAGAAAAUUGCAGCCUUUGACAGCUGCACCUUCACCAAGAAGUUCUUCGUUACAAGCUGCUAUCCAUGCCCCGGUCCCUGCCUCAAUCCAAUAGCUCUGGGAAGCCGCUGGCUCGCCUAUGCUGAGAACAAGUUAAUAAGAUGUCACCAGUCUCAUGGAGGAGCCUGUGGCGACAACGCACAGUCCUACACAGCUACAGUGAUCAAUGCUGCUAAAACUUUGAAAACAGGCCUAACAAUGGUGGGCAAAGUUGUGACCCAGCUAGCCGGCACCCUACCAGCAGUCACACCCGACGAAGAGGGAACCCCUCACAGUGCGAGUCGCCGCAGCCCCCCUAGUCCUGGCGUGAUCACCAUCAUUGACACAGACAAUGUUGGCGAAGGACAGGUCCUGGUGAGCGAGGACUCGGACGGAGAGGGAGUGGUGGCUCACUUUCCAGCCCAUGACAAACCCAUAUCCUGCAUGCAAUUCAACCCUAGUGGAAUGCUCCUGGUGACAGCCGACACCCUUGGCCAUGACUUCCAUGUCUUCCAGAUCCUCACCCACCCUUGGGCUUCCUCACAGAGUGCUGUUCACCAUCUCUAUACCCUGCAUCGGGGAGAGACCGAGGCCAAGGUUCAAGACAUGUGCUUUAGUCAAGACAGUCGCUGGGUAGCCAUCAGCACCCUUCGAGGCACCAGCCACGUGUUUCCAAUCAACCCUUAUGGUGGUGCACCCUGUGCCCGCACCCACAUGUCCCCGCGGGUGGUGAACCGGAUGUCGCGCUUCCAAAAAAGCGCCGGCCUGGAGGAGAUCGAGCAAGAGCUGAACAGGGCGGCUGCUGUUGGUGGAGGAGGAGCUGGAGGCAUGGGAGGAAGCAGCUGCAUUCUGGGUGGAGGAGGCAGCAUGGGCGGCCGCUGCAGUCCCAUACCUGGCAUGUCCAGCAGCCCCUCAGGGUCUCCACUGCAUGCCAAGCUGAGCAACCAGGAUUCAUACAACAACUUCACCAACAACAACAUGGGGAAUCCUCGGCUCACGCCGCUGCCCAGCCUCACCGUGGUGCUGCCUCUGGCUCAGAUCAAACAGCCCAUGACUCUGGGCACCAUCACCAAGCGCACAGGACCUUACCUCUUUGGGGCGGGAUGUUUUGCCAUUAAAACUCCAUGCAAAGCUAAACCAACCCCCCAGAUCUCUCCGAGCAAGUCCAGUGGAGGAGAGUUCUGCGUUGCUGCUAUCUUUGCCUCGUCCCGCUCCUGGUUCCUCACAAAUCCAAACAUGAAGAGAGAGAAAGAUCAGUCCCGGCAGUCGGUUGUGGACUCACUGUACAUAAUCAGUUGCUAUGGUAAUGUGGUGGAGCAUGUCCUGGAGCCUCGGCCAAUUAGCACUGCACAAAAGAUUAGCGACGAGACUCCGCUGGAGCUGAGCACUUCUCCCAGAGCAUGCUGGACCUUAGCCAGGACUCCGCAGUGGAACGAGUUGCAGCCACCUUUCAGCUCCAACCACCCGCUGGUGCUGGCCUCGGAUCUGGUUCAGUACUACCAGUAUCUUCUUGCUGGGAUUCCUCCCAGCAGCCCGGGUCCAAUCACACGUCAUGAGUCAUCCGACAGCUUGGCAUCAGACCACAGUGGCCAAGACGAUGAAGAAUGGCUCUCUCAGGUGGAGAUAGUGACCCAUACUGGCCCCCACCGUCGCCUGUGGAUGGGCCCCCAGUUCCAGUUCAAGACGAUUCACCCAUCAGGUCAGACCACAGUCAUCUCCUCAUCAUCCUCAGUGCUCCAGUCCCACGGCCCCUCCGAUGUACAGCAGCCACUUUUGGACUUUGACACAGAUGACCUGGAUCUACGCAGUCUUCGAAUCCAGCCAGUACGCUCUGAGCCAGUCAGCAUGCCCGGUUCAUCUCGGCUGCUGACCGACCGCAGAGGACAAACCAACAUCAUGGAUGCCGGCUCAGGGCAGUUUGAUGGGCGCGGUGUUACCCUGCUGGAGGUGUGUGGGAGCUGGCCCGAGAGCUUCGGCGUGCCCAGGCACCAUAUUGGAUCGGCAGACAUCAGCGACGAAGGCCUGAGGGAGAGGUUAGCCGACGCCAUGUCUGAGUCUCCUUCAAGGGACAUAGUGGGCUCUGCUACAGAGCUGCAGAGGGAGGGCAGCAUCGAGACCCUGAGCAACAGCUCAGGCUCCACCAGUGGUAGCAUCCCACGCAACUUCGAAGGAUACCGUUCCCCUCUGCCCACCAACGAGAGCCAGCCGCUCAGCCUCUUCCCCACCAACUUCCCCUGAAGCUUCGGCCCACCUGCUCAACACAAGUUCCAUAGCAGCGUGAAUCAGAUGUGGGUUUGUUGUUGUCUGCUGUCCCACAGCUGGUGGGACAUGAGAGGCAGCCCAGCUGGAUACCUGGUCAAGAUUCUAAACUCACAUUCUGUUGUUUGGUGAAGCUUUAGCUGAUUUUUUUUUCUUUUAAUUAGCUAGUUCUAACGCCAUGAUGUCCAUAAAAUAACAAACCUUUUAUUGUUUCCCCCACAUGUUAGCUAAUAUCCAAGUGGAGACGUGUUUUGAGAGCCAAUAUUUUUUCCCAUAUUCACUGAUCCACCUGGGAACAGUCAGGAAACAUUUUUAACUUUUUUUUUUUUAAAACUCAGCCCCACAGAAUAGUCUGAGCCUGCCUGUUGCUUGUUGCUUGUUGCAUUGUCAUUAAGUCCGCUGAGCGUCCUCAAUGUGUGUUGCUGAUUUUUUACGGAGCGCCUCUGGGCUGCAAGAAAAAAAGGAGAAAAAAAUGUACCGUACUCCAGGCAGUGAUGUAUAGCUCCUCCCCCGUCCUUUCUCUCUCUGUGUUAAUGUGUGUGGGGGCGUGGGCGUGUGUGUGCGUGUGUGUGUGGGUGUGUGUGCGUGUUUAAAUGUGUGUGGCUGCUUUCAUGGCCCCUCGCUAAAUGUUUUUGAUUGAAUUUACUCCCUUCUUGCCUUUGAUUUUCAUGUAAUUACAUUUGACAAAAGAUGCAGUAAUGAGAUGACACUAUUACUACAUUGCAGAAGUAAUUUAGAUGUUUACAGUAUAAUUGAAAUAUGUUUCUGAAUUUAUCUAGAUGGAUUCCCUCCGCUGCACUCAGCCGUUCCAUGUAGAACAUUCUGGUUUUGCACGCUGAACUCAGUCUUCUGUAGUUUGUUUUACAUGUUUUGACCAAAAUCUUGAAAAAUCUGUAGAUGUUUUCCUCCUGAUAGCUUUUCCUUUAGCAUAGAGGAACAUGAUUUAUUUGUUACCUGUAAUUUUUUUUUUAAAUUAAUGUAAAGAAAUUGGAUUAUUUACAAACUGACAAUAUUGUGCAUGAUAGUCAUCAGGUGGACUGAAGUCCAUGGAUCUAAAAACUGGAGAGCAAACGUUUGCUGUUGAUAAUAAUCUAACUUUGCUUCCCAGCAUUCAUUAAUUAAAAGCUUAAUAAAAGUAGAUAACUUUUUUCUGUU